UGAUGUUAGUCUGGCCUUCAAGUGCGUCUGCAGCUUUCGUGGGGCUAAAAUAGCCAAAUCUGCAGCGCCACUGGAAGAAACGCGUUGAACGGCGAGCACUUGACACUUAACAGCUAGCUGGCCGUUGUUCUCUCCAGGCCUUUUACAGCCCCAACGCCCUUCGCUCUAGGAAUCCUCACCGAGUUUAGCUUUUUGCUUAACACCCCGUUUGCCCGUUGCAGCGAGCAGCGACGAUCACCGACGCCAGCCGGAAGCGCCCGCCCUGCUCGCUCUUCCGUUUCCGGUGGCGCGGAGGCCGUGGCGUCAUCGCCGAGCGCCCGGCCGGCGGCCCGCGUGAGGAGGAGAGAUGCUGAGCCGGCUUCAGGAACUGCGCAAGGAGGAGGAGACGCUGCUCCGCCUGAAGGCGGCUCUGCACGACCAGCUGAACCGGCUCAAGGUUGAAGAACUGGCCCUCCAGUCAAUGAUUAGUUCUAGAAGAGGGGAUGAGAUGCUGACUUCUCAGGCUGCACCUGAACAGUCACAUGAUCAGAUGCUGGUGCAUGUAGACAACGAAGCAUCCAUCAACCAAACUGCACUGGAGUUGAGCACAAGGAGCCAUGUGCCGCAAGAAGAAGAGGAAGAGGAGGAGGAAUCAGAUUCCUGAAGGGGCGAAGAGCCGGGGUGAAGUGCACGUCUGAACAGAGACAGGCGUGGGAAAGGGGCCCGAGCGCAACACGGCAUGCCCCGCGCGGGGACUCUUCCCGGUGCUUAGACGCCAGCUGCGUGGGUGGGCGUGCUGGGCUGGUUAAGGCCGAUGGUGGAGCAGAGCCAACCUGCAAAAUCCACUUCCUCAGCAUCAGAUCUCUUGAUGAAAGCGUGAACCUGUGUGCGAGGAAAUGGAGACAAAGCAUGUUGAAGACCCAAGAAGGAAAAUUCAGGAGUCCUGGGCCUAGAGGUUGUGCUGCCUUUGGAAGGAGCUCCCAGAGUUUGGCUGGGCCAGCUGCAGGCCUGAGACAGACCCCGCCGUGCCCGGCUCUGCUGGCCUCACCCUCCCCUGAGCCCGCUCUCCCGCGCUGGGGACAGUGGCCCUUCCCGCAGUGCCUCACAGGGUUGCUGAAGGAACAAAGAAACUGAUGGACUUGAACAUGCAUGCUCCACUGACCAGGCUACAUGGCAUGUGAGUUCACACAGUUACUUCCCACUCCUCCCCCUGCACCAAUUAGGAGACAGGGAGUUACUGGGGGAGGGGCUGAAUAUAAGAUAAGCCAGUCAGUGCUGGAAAAAGGCCCUUCCUUUCCCUGGACUCCCUCCCUCUGCAGGGUCAUCCCAGCUUUUCCUCUGAACUGAUGGGAGGACAGGAGACACACUUGGUAUCCUGCGGCCCCCAGGUCAGCUGGGCCACAGUGCUGGCAGAGCAGCAUGGGCUCAGGAAGGACUGGAUGGGUGACUGGCAGAGAUGGAGAACAGAUCAAUAAGCAGGUGGCAGUGUAAGAAUCAGAAAUAAAUGUACGUACCAUGAGUUGCUUCAAAUCUGCUCUCUCGGCGGGGUUUUUUAUUAAGCUUAAAGGAAGAAAGAUAACGUGAGAGCUACUGCCUGGCGCUGGGUCUAGCUCAGAUUCCUGAUAUGUGCCUGCCCAUCCGCCCCGCGCCCCACAGGCUCCAAGGAACAGUGCCUGCACCUUUCCUUCGUGUUCUUAGCACGGAGUCACGCCCGCCUUAAGUUAAUAAACGCUUGCUGAAUUAAACUAAGGCCAGGAGGCGGUAUGCCAGCCCCUGGCCCCUGCCCAGCAGAUGUGGCGCGCAGCCGCUGUCUGCCCCCCGCUGUGCUCAGGCCGCCUGGGUCCUUGCGCUCUGGGAGGAGGGCAGCAGCUAAGGGGUCCUCGGGGGGAAGGGAAAGCUGGCAUGAGGAGCCUGAUAAAACCAAAGUACCCUUCCAGAGACCAAGGAGGUGACUUACCAUUUAUUCACAAAAUCUUGAAAUUCCAGACUGAAUACUCCACUGGGCAGUUUUGGUGGAGGCUGCAAAUACAUGUGAAGACAUAACUGCCUGGCUUCCUGUCCUGCCCGUCUCUCCCCUCCUUACCUGGCCCUGGGCACUGCUGCCCUCAUCCAGCCAAGGAAAGGCAGGGGUGAGAGGCCAAGGGCUGCUACCAGGUCACCCCAUGGAAACCAUCGGUCCCACAAACCAGUGAGAACUGCGGCCAAGUCAGUGUUCUGACCGCUCCCUUGUCUAGUGACUGAAUAAAUCACUGUCCCUCUCUGA